AUGCCUCUGGACACGACUGAACCCGAGCAUGACCCUGAGCCUGAGCCUGAGCCCGAAAUUUUAAAGACGGAGCCUUUAGCAUGCGUCUCUUGCAGAGCCCGCAAGUUAAAGUGCGACCGCGUAAAACCGGCCUGCACUCGUUGUGUCAAGGUCUCAAACGGCUGCGUGUAUCCUGAAUCCAGGAGAAAGCCGAACUUCAAGAGGAGAAACGUCAAGGAACUGGAGGCUCGAUUAGCUCAAGUGGAAGAUUAUCUCAAAGAAGUCAACAAGAACUCCUCAGAGGAAAAGACUGAUGAUGGCGAUCCCAUCUAUCCUACUCAGUCUGAUGCCAACUUCACCGGUGUUGACGUUCCCUCCGGAUUGCCAGGCCUGAUCAAUGACUUGCCCGGUCCCAGCUUUUCAUCUCUUCCACAAUCAGCUUUUGACCAACGGUCGAAUGAUGGCAACACUCCCUUCAAUACCCAGCUGAUGAGUUUGGGCUUCUCUGAGCCCUUGCCCCCCGACAAUGUCAUGGAAGAACUCAAUACCAUCUUCUUCCAAAAUCAGCAUCGAAUGAUACCCAUUAUCCAUCCGGGAAAAUAUCUACAAACCUUCUAUGGCCCUCUGCUCAGAAAACCCCCAAUGUGCUUACGAUAUGUGAUAUGGGCUUUAGCAGCUGCGGGUAACAACAAGUAUGACGAGUACCACGAGGUCUUUUACCGUCGGUCACGCCAGUACAUGGAAGCAGACACGAUGAAGGGACAUGGCGAUGUCUUCGUAUCCAUACAGCAUGCGCAGACCUGGGCCCUUGUUGCCUUCUACGAAGCAAGGAUGUUGUUGUUCACGAGGUCGACCAUAAGCGUGGCCAACUGCGUGCGCUUGUGCCAUAUGAUGGGACUUGACCGUCUAGACGGGGACCAUGUUAACAUACCACCAGCAUUAGGGCCCCCUCUAACGUGGGCUGAACUGGAAGAGAGAAGGAGAAUAUUCUGGGGCGUGUUUGCUGCCGAUUCUCACUGUUGUAUCUCGACAGGAUGGCCUACUUUGAUUGACUCAGACGACAUUGCGACAAGACUUCCUGCUUCCGAGGAAGCCUUUGUCCAGAACCGGAGAGAGGAAGCACCUUUCUUGGACGAUGCGAUACAAGGCGCCCAAUACACAGGCUUUGCGGGCACCAUUGUUACCUGUCAGAUUAACAAGCUCAUACUCCGUCACGUACAUCGCUCCAAACCCGACAGCCGAUGCGAAGAUCUGCUGCAUGGGCCAUUCUGGACUCGCCAUAGAGACCUGGACAACACCUUAUCCAGUCUCUUUAUGUUCCUCCCCGAAAAGUUUCGUCUUCCCGAAAACUUACGUGACGUCUCAGCACUCCAUCUCAACAUGAACCUACAUGCUGCGGUUAUUUGUGUUCACCACGCGGCCGUUGAGAAAGCCGAAAGGUACAAGCUGCCAGAUCAUGUCAAGCGGAGCAGCGUCGCUCGACUUCGAGCCGCUGCAGAGGAGAUUGUUAACGUCAUGCGACUUACCUCAAACGUGACUCUUUUUUUCCAGACAUGUAUCGACGUGGAGAAGAAUGGGCUGGACUCUGUUAUUCAGAUGCCGUCACUGAGAAGGUACCGCAAUGCUUUUGGGCCAAGCAAGUCCCAGGUCCCGAUACUGGCUCGCACUUCAGCCGUAAACCGUUCCGGUCCAUCUCCACCAGUGUAUGCAAACGAUAGACAGAUGGAAGCCGAGCAAACGAGACUGGACAGCGUAGCCCACGCCAUGGGCAUAAGCUUGGGGAAGACGUGCUACCAGGCUUUGCUUGGGUCCGCCUACCGCAAUAUUCGGCCAGAUGCAACAAGCAACAAGCGAAAGAGAGCCAACGAGAGUCCUAUACCUGAUUUGGUACCCGGCACGCGAAAUAGCAGCCCUCUUGACUUGAACCUGAACCUCAACUUCAAAGGAACGGUCGGCUUCGCAGCUUUUCUUGUCAUCUUUUCAAACCCUAUUGGUGACUUCUUCUAUCCAGACCGUGCUACUCAGGUCAAAGAGGCUUCACCGCGUCCUGAGUUCAAUGAGUCGCUACUAGCCAUUGAUGCCCCGAAUGCGACUGCACCAGAAUGUGCGCCCGAUGGCUAUCUGGCCAGGAUAUUGAGCAGAGAGCCUUUGAUUGUGUAUUUGGAAGGGUUCUUGAAUCAGCAGGAGAGGGACCACCUACUGGAGAUAAGCGAACCAAUCUUUGUACCAUCAACCAUUACCAACAACGGCGAGGCCACUCAUCGCGAUGCUUCAGUCCGUGACUCUCAUGUGGCUAUCGUUCCCAGGACUGACUCCGUCCGCUGCAUCGAGGCUCGCGCCCGUGCUCUUCAAGGUUGGCGCCCAGAGCUUUGGAUCGAACGUCUUAGGACUCAGCGCUAUGGGACAGGCGGUCACUACAACCACCACUUCGACUGGAGUCAUAACACACGCGGAUGGGGCCGCGUGAGCAGUCUCAUGGUCUGGGUCGGAGGCUCUCCAGAUCUUAGCGGUGGUGGGACAGAGUUUCCCUUGGUGAAGAGGCCUGUGGAAAAGGAGUGGUGUCGCUUUAUAGAGUGUGCGGAUACAGGAGAGGACAAAGGCGAGCUCGGUGUCGUAUUCAAAGUUGUACCGGGAAAUGCAGUGUACUGGGAGAACUUUGCGGCAGAUGGAAGGGGUUAUGAGCAGACAUGGCAUGCUGGACUUCCUGUCCAUGAGGGAACAAAGGUUGGGUUGAACAUCUGGAGCUAUGGACGAAUCUGA